GAGUGUCGCACUUGCAGUCAAUUGGAAGGCACAGUGCACCUAUCUCAAAGUCUACCUUAUCGUCUUCGUGAGCCGAAAAUGGCUCGUUUCCUUCCUGAUGAUGGAUCGUGCCCUCUAUCGCCUACCCUUGAGUUUGAUUGAGCCGGAUCCUGACAUUGAUGACGAGCGCCACAAUAGAUUCGCUAUAUACACGAGCCACUUGUUCACUUGGCAUGGAUAUGCUAUGCUGUUCUUUGGAUCUUGCUACGUCUUUUUUUACGGUUUCCAACAGUACAAAUCAGCGGCGCCUGUGGUCACCGGUGUGGCAAUUGCAUUCGCUUGCAUGGGUCUAGUUCCGUUCUUUUCGCUCCUCCUCAUGAGGUUCGGCGCUUUGAUUCUUAUCUACGCGUUUUACAUCGUUUUUAUUUGCAUGGUAUGGCCCUUGGAGAAGUGCGGUCUAUCAAGACGACGUGCGAUUAGUCGUCGGAAUGGGGGCUAUCAAAGCGAGGGCAUCACCAACACCAUCGAUCUUCGACAAGUCGAACGACAAUUGGAGGAAGUAGAGAGCGGUGAAGCAGGAGGUGGGGGAGGCUUGGGCAGGACGGAUAGGGUCAAGGUGACGCCCGCUAUGGCAGCUAUACCGAUCGUCAUUUUCAGGAAGCCAACGGUGGGACUAACAUCCGAAGCCCACGAUGGGGACUUGAGAGCAAACUCUGGCAAGGCAGCUGUCAUUGCAUAUCAGACACGAACUAAAUCUGAGCAACGCAUCUUUCAGUCAUCUGCUGAAAUGGUGGAGGUGGUGGAUGAUUCAAAUAAGCUGACCAAAGAUAUUCUCUUGAAGCAAUUGGGGCCAUCUACUGAAUACGUACAGGAUCACUCUAAUAAUUCUGGAGUGAACGGUGACCGACCUGUUAUUAUCAAUAUACCCCUAUCCGUCAACGACAGCCCCAGCAACCGCAUCAAAAGGACAUCGGCCAGUAUCUCAGCGAUGGUAAAGCCGACGAAAGUUUCACCCCAGAGCCGCACUCCAGAAGUCAGUUCGAAAACAACAUCUCUUCCAGAAAUCGCCGGUGCACCAUCUGCUUUCCAUGAUGUCUCACAGACCUCGUCCACCAUAUCAUCGAUUCGAUGCAAUAUUGGACAAGAGAUGUCCGAACCCGAGGCCCAUCAGAGGCCUCCCACUCCGAUGCCGAGUCCCAGAGCCGCUCAACGUCUUCCGCAUGUGGCGCACCAGAACUCCUCAGUAGGCAAGAGUAUCAGCACCAGCAGUGGCAGCGACAGCCAGGUCAGCGUCCUUUCUUUGCCCGAUAGGCUUCCCUUGACAAGCGAGGAGGAUCCCUCGAACCAAGGCUCGGGCUCUCUGAUUCACACAAGCAGGAGCGAUGUCCAUAUUGUUUUGGGAUCUGGUCUGAGCGCAUCUGCUAGCUUUCCUGAAGACUAUCCUACGAUUGGUGAUGAGGAGUGCGCUAUCUGUUUGUUCGACUUUGAGGACGGAGACGAGCUGCGACACCUCUAUUGUGACCAUUUCUUUCAUCGCGGCUGCGUUGAUCGCUGGCUGUCCAAGAGCGCGUUUUGUCCAAAGUGUAAACGCGGCAUCUGAGCCGGUCAAUCAUUGUGUUGACCGGCGCAAUUUUUUUCAGGGUUUCUAAGUCAUCUCUGAGUAAUUGAUAUAGCAAGCAAC